GUCUUUGGUCCAGCGGUCUUUCGUCUGAAGGUUGUCUAUGGUCCAAAGGUCGGCGGUCCAACGGUCGUCUUUGGUCCAGCGGUCGCCUUUGGUCUUGCGGUCGUCGUUGGUCCAGCGGUCGCCUUUGGUCCAAAGGUCGCCUUACUUUGGUCCAGAGGUCGCCUGACUUUGGUCCAGAGGUCGCCUCACUUUGGUCCAGUGGUCGCCUGACUUUGGUCCAGAGGUCGCCUCACUUUGGGCCAAAGGUCGCCUCUGGUCCAAAGGUCGCCUUUGGUCCAGCGGUCGUCUUUGGUCCAGAGGUCGCCUCUGGUCCACAGGUCUUGCUUCUUUGGUCCCAAGGUCGCCUGUGGUCCCGCGGUCGUCUGCUCUGGUCCAAAGGUCGUCUUUGGUCCAAAGAUCGCGUUUGGUCCAAAAAUCUUCUUUGGUCCAAAGAUCGCCCUUGGUCCAAAGAUCGUCUUCGGUCCAAAGAUCGGCCUUCUCUUGUUGACCCUCUCAAUCGGUGGCGUCAUUCAUGCAGUGGCGAUCAGGCUGCGUACCGCACAGAGACCGACUCCUGGGUAAAAUUGCUCGUCGAACGCAUGUGCCACGACAUGUAUUCCAAGGACAUUAUAGCACAACAAGGACAAAGUGGACGUCCGACUCUGGCAUCUGCUCAGCAGAGGACCUCUCAACCUGCUCAAGAACUUCCGCCAAGUCUUUCGUCUACAUUUACCCAGGCAUCCGAUCAUCAAAAGAACGCAGGAGCAUCAAAAGGACACAUUAACAUCAUUCCUGCAGAGCAGCUAGUCCCAGCACGACCCCUAAGGAAGUGCUUUUCUGGGCAUGAAGUGAGAGAAUUUUCGGGAAACGGUAGAACAGACGGUAAAAAUCGUUGA